AUCCACUCCCAAUCCAUCCGAUCCCACCUCGGCACCUCGCACUCUUCCACCUCCCACCCCACCUCGCCGCCGGCAGCGCCCCGAAGUGGCGUGAUCUCCGCCACAAAACCGCACUCUGUUCACCCAAACCCUAUCUGUCCGACGACCUAACUGGCCGCCGAAUCCCAUGAAGGCGUCGAUCAAGAUCCGCGACGACGACCGGCCGCUGAUGCGGGCCAAGGUGCCGGUCGGCGUGCUCGGGCUGCCGUUCCAGUCCGGCCUCUCCGCUGGCGGCGAUCCCCGGGAGCUCGGCUUCGACCUCUCCACCGCCUUCGCCUCCGGCCCGGCGAUCCGCCUCUCGUACCGCCCCAACGACCCCGACCUCCCCUUCGCGCUCUCCGUCCGCGCCGGCCUCGGCCCGCUCGGCUCCCCCGCCAGCGCCCCCUUCGCCCUCGCCGCCGAGUUCAACCUCCUCUCGUCCGACCCCUCCUCGCCCGCCUUCUUCCUCCGGCUCAAGCCCCGGCUCGGCGACUUCUCCCUCUCCCACACGCUCCGCUCCUCCCCGCCUCCCCAUAAGAUUGGGGAGGUCUCCGAUGGCCACGGCCACGAGCAUGAGAUCAACUACAAGGCGUUUUCGUUCAGUGGAAGUGGGUUCGCGGCGGAUGUUGCAGCGGCCGGGAGGAAGAGCGGGGUCGGCGCGCUGCUGUCCGGGAUGCGGCUGACGACGAGGAGCGUGCUCCCGCUGUGGGGCAGGGCGAGCCUGCGGUUCAACUGGGGCCUGCGCAUGCCACCGGAGCUGCUCGCCGACGACCGCAAGGACGCGCGCGCGUCAGUCAGCAAGAUGCCGCUGCUGGUCAUGAGCAAGAUCUCCAUCGAGCAGUCGCCGCGCGCCGACGCGGACAAGAAGAGCAGCCGAACAGAGACCCCGCCUCCAACCGCCUUGACCUCCACCUCCACGGACGAGUCGGAUGGAGCGGGAGGCGGCAGCGAUGUGGCGUUCUCGCUGCUGAGGCGGCAGCUGGAGUCCCUCAACGCGGACAACAUGAUGCUGCGACGCGAUGUGGAGGACCUCCGCGCCGAGAUCCGGAGUGGCAGGGCGGCGUCCCUAUCUGCCUCUGGCGGCGGGGCCAGGAGGGCGGUAGCAGCACACCCGCCGGCGCCGGCGCAGCAUUAUCACUCGUUCCCAGCGAAGCAGGAUCGCCGGGGCAGCGGGAAGGAGCCGGCGGCCGAGAACACGGGGAAGGCUGCUGCGCCGGACGAGCUGGGCGAGGAGCUGAAGAAGGCCUUGGAGGCCCGCCGGAGGUGAGGUACCGCCUUGGCCCCUUGGCAGCUAUGCCAGCCCGGCAUUUCACCGUCGCCUGCCCCCCGCCGCUGCUAGUUUUGGGCUUCAUAGCACUAGUAAUCUUUGAGCGGCGGUGAAAAUCAUGGCUCAAAUCGAGGUGCACGUUGAUCAAGUUCUCAAGGUGAAGCCCAACUGUUUAUCCCCGUUGCUUACUUAGCUCCCGUGUUACCCGAAGGACAGGAAUCUGAUUCGG